UUUAGCUACCACACUCAAUGAAUGGCAGACUGGAUGGCAGCAACACUCACUAUGAAAGAAUCAAAUUGCUGUUGUGGAUAGUGAAGCUAAAGCCGGCAAAGACAUGUCAGCGAGAAUAAUAACACAAGGUAAGCAGACAGAAGAUGAUAUCUACUGCGCCUGCCUCUCCAAAUCCUUAUGCCAGAUAUCCACGCCAGUGACUGUCGGAUUAUACGCCCCAUUUGGAGGUCGUGUCUACAUUCUACUGGAUCGCAUUACAAAGUGCAUGAGGGAAGAGGCAUUACGUGUCACCGAAAAGGAAGAAAAAGCUGUAGGACAUGUCACUGAUAAGCCGGUGGGAUGGGGAUUCUUCCGUCUGCUCUGGUGUCUUCUUUUCUAUCGCCCUCUCAUUACAAACCGCCAUCUUGGACGGAAAAGCAUUGAGUUCAUCUUUGUGAAUUUCAGUGCCUGGCAGUAUGCAGGCAGUGACCGUCUCUGGGCCGGUCUAGUCACUACCCUCUGUGAUCAGAUUCGCCGCCACUUUGGUGUCGUCCCAUUGAGUAUUUUCAAAGUUCUAGGAUCGGCACCUAAGAGAGAACAUGAGGGUGAAAACAGUCUCAUUGAAUGGAUUUUCAAAAAGACUUUCUGCGUUAUCCUUGUGGUCGUUUUACUCUUAUUUAUCUUUGGAUUAGUUCUUCUGAUUGUGCCAGUGACUUCGGGGACUCACGGAGACAGUGAGACAACCACUACAGUUUUUGGGAGUAUUGUCACUGUGCUGUCAGGUUCAAGUAUAAUUAUGACUUUGUAUAAGCUGUGUAAAGGUGCCCUAAUCAGUCAAAAGCAGAAGAUUGAACGACUAGUUAACAGUCAGAAGUUCAGCUCCCAAAUGGGCUUCAUGAAUGAGGUAAAGAAAGAAGUUGAAAUUGUCACCCAGAUGGUCCAGUGCAUGGAGAUCUUUCAAAAGCAGAAAAUCCGUGUGGUUCUGCAAAUCACGUGUCUAGAACUUUGUGCUCCUGACAAGGUGGUAGGGGUGCUAGAUGCUAUGAACACCCUACUAUCAGAUCGCAAAUCCCCCUUCAUUUCCAUUUUGGUAGUAGAUCCCAGCAUUAUUGUUACUUGUCUGGAAAGUGCAGGUUCUCUGAAAGGCAUGGCAGACAAUGGAUACAUGUUCUUAAACCGCACCGUUACUCUGCCAUUUUCUGUGCCAGCAUUAGGCAAGAGGACGAAACUUCAGCUUCUGAAGAAGGCUGUUCAGAGGACCGAGGAUCUCAUAGACUGGCCCAGUCGAAAUGAUGCAAAUCGUGGAACUAAGACUGGUAUUGCAGAGUCUGUGAGGCUUUUGAGGGGUGAAUUAUCAGAAGAUGAUGAGCCAGAGACAAAGGAAUGCAACAUUCAAGCAGGACGUUCAAUUCAGGAGACCUUUUACUGCUUAUAUAGCGAACGUGAGGUUCUAAACGAAUACAUUCCCGACAGUAUUUGCCAGAUGAAGAGGAUUGUUAAUACCAUUCCAGUGAUGGUCCAUCUGAUGAUGUUGAGCCGUAUUCCAUGGGAUCGACAAUCAGCUAGAUCUGUGGCAGCAUGGGUAGUACUUUGCAAUCAGUGGCCAUGCCGGUUAAGCUGGAUAUUACAGUGUCUGGAGGAUGAGGACCAGAGAGGUUCUAAGGAUGGGUUCUCUAACUGCUUACUUUGGGAUGUGUUCAAGGAAAACAGCAAGGAACUCUUUGCUUUGAAGACAGGACUAAAGAAUCUUCUGGAUUUGGAUGCAGACCCUGAAAUUUUGCAGAGGUUUUUGUCUAAGGACUUUCCCUUCACGGUGGAAGAGGCAAUGAGAUUGAUUCCAUGCACUGUAAAUUUGGACUCUUCCAUAAAGCAGAAAAUGGGACUACAACGGGGUAUAAACAAUCUUCAGAAUGACUGGAAAGUGGUUGAGAGCAAGAUAUCAGAAGUUAUUAGGGAGGGGAAUUUAAAUAAGACCGAGACUGAGAAAGAUGGUGAUAAGGAUAAAGUUGAGGUUGAUGUGAAAGUAGAUGAUUCUAUGAAGGACAACAAGAAAGAUGGUGGUACUUGUAAAAACGAGGAUAAAGAGUGUUGUACAGAGGAAUUUGUGAAGGGUGGAAGGAAGGACAGGCAAGAAACUGGUGAAGGCAGAGAUGAGUGUUGGGUGGAAAGUGAGAAGGAGGGAGAGACAUAUAGGAAGGAACCUGGUAAUGAAGGGCAUCAUCAAAGGCAGGACAUUGAGGUAGUGGAGGUACACGUGAAGUAGGUCUGCUGGAAAGUGUGUGUUUGGUAGAUGCUGUAAAUAAUGAAGACAGAUCAAAAGGAGGUUCAAUGGGAGAUUAAAGGGACACUCCACCGCCGAAAUAAAAAAUUAAAUAUCCCUGUUUAGUAAAUAAACCCCAAUGAAAACUUGCAUGCAUUUAAUUAUGCAUUUUUGUAUAUGGGGUGUAUCUAAAGCAGCUUGCAGAAGUUGCAGAUCUCUUGUCUAAAGACAUUACAAAAAAAAAGGCAAAGACAAUCACAAACAUAUGAUGCAAUCUGACAAUAGAAGUUAUUAUGACUACAAGAGAAAGUUUGAAGGUUGAAGACAAUAGUACGACAGGAGACAAUAUGACAACAGGAGACGGUAUGAUAAUAAUAAACACUAUGACAACAGGAGAAACCAUUACAAUGGGAGAUGUUAUAACAUUAGGCGGUAUAUCAGCUGGACACAAUUGUGGGUUAGGUGUAAAAAGUGUUUCUAUCCAAGCAUGUGCUUGUAUACCAACUGUUGCAAAUAGAAGAGUUAUCUAGUCAUGGUUUACUUUGUUGCAUAUUAUGUAUAAAAAUAAAUGCAGUUGAAUUAUAAAAAUGGAUGGAACAAGUGUGACAUUUCUAAGAUACAAAUGUUAAAAUAAAAAGUUGCAAGUUUGAGACUGGAAAGUCACAAAAAAGUUCCCAAUUUUUUUUCUCAUGUAGAAUAUCUAUCUAGAUAUUGCUAUACAUACUGUAAAAAUGCAAAGGGAAAACUAUAACCAAAUACAUUAUAAUUAUUAUUGACACAUAAUCCACAAUGUGAAACAGUAUGACAACAGAAAGAAAUGAGACAGUAGAAAGAAGUACAUAAAUAGAGUGUGGGAAAUAUGAGACAAAGAACUUAAAGGAAUACUAUAGGGUCAGGAACACAAAUAUGUAUUCCUGACCCUAUAGUGUUAAAAACACCAUCUAACCCCCUGUCUCCCCUUAUGCCUCCCUAAAUAUAGUGAAAUCUUACCUUUAUUCCAGUCUGCUGGUGCUGGCUCUACCCCUGAUCUGCCUCCUUGAUUGGCAUCAUCAUAAGUGGUGAACUCAGCCAAUCACAAUGCUUUCCCAUAUCAAAGCAUUGGAUUAGCUUAGAUUGUCCAUUCUGAUGAUCUCAGACAAGGAGGCAG